GAGGGUCCGGGGUGGGGUGGGGGUUCAGCGGCCCCGGCCGUCCCGUCGCCUCCGCCGCGUCCGGGACCAUGUCGCACAACAAGAUCCCGCCGCGGUGGCUGCACUGCCCGCGCCGAGGCCAGCCCGUGGCAGGAAAAUUCUUACCUCUGAAGACUAUGUUAGGACCAAGAUACGAUAGUCAAGUUGCUGAAGAGAAUCGAUUCCAUCCUAGUAUGCUCUCCAACUAUCUGAAGAGCCUAAAGGUUAAAAUGGGACUGUUGGUGGAUUUGACAAAUACUACGAGGUUUUAUGACAGAAAUGAUAUUGAAAAAGAAGGGAUCAAGUAUAUAAAGCUUCAAUGUAAAGGCCAUGGGGAAUGCCCUACAGCUGAGAACACAGAUACAUUCAUCCGUCUAUGUGAACGUUUUAAUGAGAAGAAUCCUCCUGAACUUAUAGGUGUUCAUUGUACUCAUGGUUUCAAUAGAACUGGUUUCCUCAUAUGUGCCUUCUUGGUUGAGAAGAUGGAUUGGAGUAUUGAAGCAGCAGUUGCUACUUUUGCCCAAGCCAGGCCACCAGGAAUCUAUAAAGGUGAUUAUUUGAAAGAACUUUUUCGACGUUAUGGGGAUGUAGAAGAAGCACCUCCCCCACCUUUAUUGCCAGAGUGGUGUUUUGAAGAAGAAGAGGAGGAGGAUGAGGAAGAAGAGGGGAAAAAAGAAUCAGAGCCUGGAUCAAGUACUUCCUUUGUCAAAAGAAGAAAAGAACGUUUAAAACUGGGCGCUAUUUUUUUGGAAGGUGUGACAGUUAAAGGCGUAACCCAAGUAACAACUCAACCAAAGUUAGGAGAAAUACAGCAAAAGUGUCAUCAUUUCUGUGGCUGGGAAGGUUCUGGAUUCCCUGGAGCACAACCAGUUUCCAUGGACAAGCAAAAUAUUAAAUUUCUAGAGCAGAAUCCAUAUAAAGUAAGCUGGAAAGCAGAUGGUACUCGGUACAUGAUGUUGAUUGAUGGCACAAAUGAAGUUUUUAUGAUAGAUAGAGACAACUCAGUUUUUCAUGUGUCAAAUUUGGAAUUUCCAUUCCGUAAGGAUCUUCGUAUUCAUUUGUCAAAUACCCUUUUGGAUGGGGAAAUGAUUGUUGACAAAGUAAAUGGACAGGUCGUUCCUCGGUACUUGAUAUACGACAUAAUUAAAUUUAAUGGACAACCAGUUGGAAAUUGUGAUUUCAAUACUCGAUUGCAGUGUAUUGAGAAAGAAAUAAUAAGCCCUCGACAUGAAAAAAUGAAGAACGGUCUCAUUGACAAAACACAGGAACCCUUUAGUGUUAGGAACAAGCCAUUUUUUGACAUCUCUACUUCAAGAAAGCUUCUUGAAGGAAGUUUUGCUAGAGAAGUCAGUCAUGAAGUAGAUGGACUUAUUUUUCAGCCUAUUGGAAAAUACAAACCUGGCCGGUGUGAUGAUAUUUUGAAAUGGAAACCUCCCAGUCUGAAUUCUGUAGAUUUUCGCCUAAAAAUAACCAGAAUGGGGGGAGAAGGGCUGCUUCCCCAGAAUGUUGGCCUUCUUUAUGUUGGAGGUUAUGAAAGACCAUUUGCACAAAUUAAGGUGACAAAAGAACUAAAACAAUAUGACAAUAAAAUUAUAGAAUGCAAAUUUGAGAACAACAGUUGGGUCUUCAUGAGACAGAGAACAGACAAAAGCUUUCCAAAUGCUUAUAACACUGCCAUGGCUGUAUGUAACAGCAUCUCCAACCCAGUCACCAAGGAAAUCCUCUUUGAGUUCAUUGACAGAUGUAUGACAGCUUCUCAAGGACAAGCACGCAAGCAUCAUCUGGACCCAGAUACAGAGCUCAUGCCUCCUCCACCUCCCAAAAAACCACGUCCUGGCAUCUAAUUUCAGUGUUUAGAAAGAAAUAAGUGGGAAAAGCCUGAUAUAACUUUACAGCUUUGUGACCAGAGGAACUAAAAAAAUGGUGGGUUAUACAUUUGAGAAGAGGGAGGAAGAAAUAACAAGAAAAACGGUAUUGUAGCUGUCCUAUAAAUAUUUGAUGCAUUUUCUCCAGUGCUACCAUACAUCAUGGACUUGAACAUUCUCUUUUUACUUGAUAAACACAAGGUUACCUUGUAAAAUCUGAAGUUUGAACUAUCCAAAGGUUUAGAUGAGAGUAGAAUCAAUGGAAAGAGGCCUUGUUUAUAUAUGGAUAACUUUCACCUUUAAUUUAUAAUGUUACUAAUCUGGAACUGUGAGUUCAAGAAACACUGUAUUUUUAGGGACUUUCUUUCAAAAAUAUAAAGUUAUAACCUUUUUCUUUUUCUAAGUGAUGGAGUUUGUCUCAUUUAUCAUAGAUUUCCUACAUUUCAGAGAUUGAUGUGUUUAAAAAAAUAGUAGAAUUCUUUGAGUAUUAUACUAGUAAAAUGAGCUAUACUCAUUUUAAUCCUAUCUUUUUGUGGGAGGAAAAAUACUUUAAAAAAAUGAAACUUUAAUGUUGUAAUUAGCAUCCUUUCUAAAGGAAACCUGUUGGGUAUUUUUAUCUGUUUCUGUUAUUUGAACUCUCAUAUCUAAUGUUUAGUGUGCCAGUUUUAGCUU